AUGCAUGCUGUGGUUGAAUCAAGUCUAGAGCUGUUUCAAACGUUCAAAGGGGCCGCUCUUACGCUACUCGUGCUAUGGACGAUUGCGGCUAACACACUCGUCUUCAUUGUGCUUUACAAAAAUCCACGCCUACAGACUGUUCCUAAUUUAUUAGUGCAAAUAAUUUACUUGUUUUCCCUCAAUGUCAAAUAUCAAGUUUUUAUGCUUCAGGUUGGUAAUCUGGCAUUCAGUGAUCUGUGCCUUGGGCUUAUUGUGCUACCGCUAUCGUCGGUCUAUGCGAUUGCCGGUGAAUGGCUGUUUACAUCGACUCUUUGCGUCGUUUUCGUUUCUGCCGAUAUUCUGUGUUCAACAGCAUCGAUAUGGAAUUUGUCAAUAGUUGGGUUAGAUCGCUAUUGGGCAAUUACUUCACCUGUAUCAUAUAUGUCGAAAAGGAACAAACGAACUGCUGGUUUCAUGAUACUUUCAGUGUGGAUUUCCUCAGCACUAAUCAGUCUUGCACCCUUACUUGGAUGGAAACAGAUUGCGGAACGUGGUAAUAUGGUGCAAAUCAAUGGUACAUGGCAGUGCGUAUUUCUUGACCUUCCUUCGUACACCAUCUACAGUGCAACUGGAUCAUUUUUCAUACCUACUAUUGUGAUGUUCUUCGUUUAUUUCAAAAUUUAUCAAGCUUUUGCGAAGCAUCGCGCUAGACAAAUUUAUCGACAAAAGGUGAUAAAAAAGCACAUCGAAUCGACAAUUCUACAUGAAAUUAGUCAUGUGAUGCCAACAAGUGACGAAUUCGCUAAGGAAGAAGAUGAAGACGAUGAUGAUGACGAUGAUGCAAGUGGAUCGAGUUGUCAUGCCGCUCGUAACGGUGAUGCGCCGCGUAAUGGUCCCGUCGUAGAACGACGUAAGGAUAGACGUUGCAUCCCAAAUGCGCAGCGUAAUACAUCAUCACCGAAAACUUACAGCAAUAAACGUCUAGUAGGCGGAAAAGAUACUGCCACUGCUACUACCACCAGUUCUGCUACUCACUGGACGGAAAUAUCAACAGGCUUACGGAAACAACAACAAAAGUGUGCAAUAAAUCGAGGGUCUUCAUUAAAUCGAUCCAUUGCUGGUGCAUCUUCGAGGGAAACAAACAAGAAACAUUUGCGACGAUAUGCAUCUGAGAGAUGUGUUGCAUUCCGAAAGAAUGAUCAUAACAGUGCAACAAGAAGUACGAUUACUUCUUCAGCGAUCACAUAUGAAAAAGUGCAACAUCAUAAGAACAGAAGGGAACGUAGCUAUAGGAAAAGUUUACAACAGAAACCGAAAGCGAUUUCAGCGGCAAAGGAGCGACGUGGUGUGAAAGUAUUAGGCAUUAUCCUCGGUUGCUUUACAAUUUGUUGGACGCCUUUUUUCAUAAUGUAUGUAGUCGUACAAUUUUGCUCAAGCUGUGCAUUGAAUCCUCAUAUUGAGAUGUUUAUAACAUGGCUGGGAUAUAGUAACUCGGCAAUGAAUCCAAUCAUUUACACGGUACGUGCUCAGUUCAUUCUUUCAGUAGUGUCACUGGUUGUGAGUAGCGCACAACGUUUUCUCUCCAAGAUUACUUCUUCCGAUAUGACUUCUGAAUCAUUUCAGGUUUUCAAUCGUGAUUAUCAAAUUGCUUUGAAGCGAUUGUUCACUCGAGAAAAGAACAGCGGAGUUGGGAUCCUUAGGCGGCCAUUGUAG